AUGCGCGCUUCAAGCUUCCUCGCUCCGCUUUUCUUCGCCGCUUCAUCCCUGGCUCAGGCCGUCGAAGAGGGUAUCGAACCAUCUUCCCCUGCGCCAACCGGGUGCAAGACGACGGUCAAGGGCAACUUUACCAUUGGCGUCGAGAACUUCUUUUCGGCAAGAUCUAAGCGCGAGACAGCUCAAGAGGCUGCCGAUGGAUUGCUCUUUUGCACACUCGAGAACGGUAUCCUUCGCGACCAGUACAGCCGCACAGGCUCCGUCGUGGCUAAUCGUCAAUUCCAAUUCGACGGCCCACCACAAGCAGGUGCCAUUUACACGGGCGGCUUCUCGGUAUGCCAGAACAACUCCCUCGCCAUAGGUGGCUCGGCAAGAUGGUUCCGGUGUAUGAGUGGUGAAUUUGGCAAUUUAUACGAUGAAUCGAUCGGCGACCAGUGCACGGAAAUCAGGAUCAUUGCCGACUUCGUGAAUGACCCCUCGCCCUCGAGCUCACUCGUCCUCCCAGCCAGUACCACACUCAGUCUCAUUCCUACUGGAGGCGCAGGUGUUACCCUGGUGUCUUCUGUCACUGCUUCUUCUGUCGCAUCGAGCUCUGUUGCCAAGAGCACCCCAUCUUCGGGCUCCUCAGGAAGCGCCUCCUCUCCAUCUGCCACGUCAACGCCGUCCAGAUCUGCAAUCAGCUCAGCAAGCAGCUCAGCGAGUGAGUCCGCAUCUGGGACCUCCGCGUCUUCUUCUGCCAGCAGCGCGGCUGCUGCGCCUCCUGCAUCCGCAGGUCGUGCCGCCACAUCUUCGCCAAUGACAAGAGCUGUGCUUCUUGGGGCAAUACUGGCUGUUUUUGGUGCUGCUAUAAUCCUCUAA